CAUAAAAUUAGGACUCAUCGGGUCCAUAGAAAACCCAAAGUCAAAAGGAGUCGAAAGUUCAGAAAGAAAAGUUCACCCAAUAGAAUGAUGCUUGCAAGCCCUCCGUUCUCUGUAGGGAGGAGUCUCAUAAAUUCCCCUCCGCGAGAGGCUGUUUCAUCUUCAGGAGAAGUGACUUCUCAGGAAAAUCCUUUUCCAGAAUUAUUCUCUCUUUCAGACCCUUCUACAGAAAACACUACUUCAGAAAACAAUACUGCACAAAAUGUUUCUGCAGAAAUUAUUUCUACAGGAAACUCUAGGCUGCCAGGAGGAACCGGCCCUGGAAACACUACCCAUAGGAACGUCUCCACUGCACAUUCUACUGUUGCUGCGGACAACAGUAUGCCGUCUAUUCAACACACCAACAAAACACAAUGGGAGUAUCACAACACGGGCACUGAAUUAUCCUCUAAGCCCACAGGCUUCACUUUCCAGGGCUCACAUUCCCGGGUGAUCAAGUUGAAACUCAGCUAAAGCAGCAGCUAUGGUCCCUCAUCCCCAACAAUGACAUGCGAAGGCUCAUUUCUCAUGUUAUCCAGACUUUGAAAAUAGACUGCUCGGAGACCCACGUGCAGCUGGCCUGUGCCAACCUCAUCUCUAGAACAGGCCUCCUGAUGAAGCUUCUCAGCAAGCAGCAGGAAGUAAAGGUGUCCAAAGCGGAAUGGGAUACGGGCCAGUGGAAAAGUGGCAACUCUAUCAGUGAGAGCACAGAAGCCCAGAGUGAGCAGAAAGAGCAGGAGUCAAGUGAGCUCACAAAAGAAGUUCCAGGAUAUGGCUGUAACAACAAACUCAUCUUGGCAAUAUCUGUAACUGUAGUAGUGACGAUUUUGGUUACAAUUCUCUGUCUCAUUGAGGGAAGUCAUCAAAGCCCCAGCAGAGAAGCUUCUGGCUGCAUAUUGGGUUGAUGAAGAGGCGGGUGAGGAAAGUGAGACAGCACACGAGACAGCCACAGAGUGAGCCCUGUUGUGCCUCAAGCCACCUGCAAAUUU